AUGUUAUCAAGCACAAAGAGCCAUUUCCCAGCUUUGAAUCUGCCAAAUCUAUGCUGGAGAAUGAAGAAUCUCGUCUCAACAGGCCGCACAAACCGUCAGCGACUCACAAAGAUCACGCCUCCUCUUCGACUGCUCUCACUGUCUCAGGAUCUUCAACGAGAACUGAGCAACCGGCACCACCACAACAACAUCACCAAGUCAACAACUACCGUGGCAAUCGGAGAUGCCUACCUAUCGUGGGCCCUCCACCAUGGCUUCAGCUUCUCCACGACCACCAACACCACAUCAGCAAUCAAAAACCAAAUUCCCUUCACUCUCCUUUUCAACAAACGACCAACGUACGAUCACUUGAGAGUCUUUGGUUGUUUGUGCUUCCCAAGCUUAAAUCACUCAAAUCUUCAUAAAUUGUCACCACGAACCACUCCUUGCUUGUUUCUUGGGUACCCUUCCCAACAUCGUGGUUACAGAUGUCUAGAUCUCAAAACAAAUAAGAUCAUCAUCUCUAGACAUGUUCAUUUUGAUGAGGAAAAAUUCCCAGCAGCUGUUCAAACCAAAAAUAAAAACGCUGCAUAUCAGUUCCUUGAUCCCAUAGAAGAAGCUUCUCCUUUGUUUCAGUCGAUUCUUCAAACACCAAUUGCAUCUCAAACACAGCCACCUCCUGCUCCAGCUCAGACACUUCCUCCUCCGACUCAGCCACCUCCUGCUCCAACUCGCCAUACUAUGACGACACGGAGUAAGGCUGGUAUUCGAAAGCCUAAAACAGUCAUUUCUCUUCUCACCAAAACCAAAUCCCCACUACCAAAAAAUCAUAUUCAUGCUCUUUCUGAUCCUAAUUGGACACCAUCGAUGACUGAUGAAUACGAUGCUAUGAUUAAGACAAAGAGUUGGAGUCUUGUACCUAGACCACCAAAUGUUAAUAUUGUGAGCUCUAUAUGGCUGUAUACUCACAAACAUGAUGCAGAUGGAGCGUUGACUCGUCACAAGUCCAGAUUGGUGGCAAACGGGAAAUCUCAGGAGGCAGGGGUAGACUUCAAGGAAACGUUCAGUCCGGUUGUAAAACCUGCAACUAUUCGCACAGUUUUGAACAUUGGAGUUGCUCGCAACUGGCCGAUACAUCAGUUAGAUGUUCAAAACGCGUUUUUACAUGGUGAACUAGAGGAGACCGUCUACAUGCAUCAGCCUCCCGGGUUUGUCGACAAGAGAUUUCCUCAUCACGUCUGCAAGCUGCAAAGACCCAUUUAUGGUUUAAAACAAUCUCCGAGAGCUUGGAAUGCGAGAUUUUCAAAAUUUAUUAACCAGUUGGGGUUUGUCACAAGCAAGGCCGAUGUCUCUUUAUUUGUUUACAGGAAAGACAGUGAACUGGCGUACAUCCUCCUCUACGUAGAUGACAUCCUUCUGACGGCCUCAUCUACAUCUCUUAUGCAACAGAUAAUCAGCUCCCUCAAAUCAGAAUUUCCAAUGAAGGAUUUGGGGAAAAUACAUCAUUUCCUUGGAAUAAAGGUUGAAUACAACAGCAAAGGGCUACUCUUGAGUCAGACAACUUAUGCAAAAGAGAUUCUCAAUCGGGCAGGAAUGAGCGACUGCAAACCUUGUGCAACUCCGAUUAAGAGAUGUCUGGUCUCGUGA